GAGGAGCCAGUGAGAGAAAAGAGAAGUACAGACAGUCUACACACAGUGAACAGAUAUAGGACAGAGCAAGAGAGGACACAGAUAAACCUGCAGACACACAGAGAGGGAGAUAAAAGAGAGACAGAGGGAGUAAAAAGGAAAAGAAAGACGUAAAAUCAAAGAGUGAAGGAAAAGUUUUUAGGCUGGGCGUCCGUCCAGCUGACUGUGGACACUCUGGUCUGAGUCCAGGUGUGUGACUGGGAGUCUACUGGGGAGGACAGACUGGUUCUCUCUCCCCACAGUGAGCAGUGAGACUGCAGACACACAGCAUGGCUGACUGCAUGAACGACGAGGCACACGACAACCCGGGGAAGGAUGAGCUGAGCUGGGGCUAUGAAGAAGGUGUCGAGUGGGGACUCCACUUCCCAGCCGCCAACGGCGAAUAUCAGUCUCCCAUAAACCUAAACUCCAGGGAGGCCCAGUAUGACUCGUCCCUCCUAGAUGUGGGUUUGUCUCCAAACUACGUGGUGUGUCGAGACUGUGAGGUCAUCAACGAUGGACACACCGUCCGCAUCGUUCUCAAGUCCAAGUCAGUGGUUACAGGUGGUCCUCUGCCGAGUGAUCAUGAGUUUGAGCUUCAUGAGGUUCGAUUCCACUGGGGCAAAGAGAACCAGAGAGGAUCAGAGCACACGGUCAACUUCAAGGCUUUCCCCAUGGAGCUCCACCUGAUUCACUGGAACAGCACAUUGUUCAACACACUGGAGGACGCUCUUGGGAAGAGGAACGGAGUCCUCAUCAUCGCUCUUUUUGUGCAGAUUGGUAAGGAGCAUCUGGGUCUGAAGGCCAUCACUGAAGUCCUGCAAGACCUACAGUACAAGGGGAAGAACAAAAUCAUCCCAUGCUUCAACCCCAACACACUAUUACCUGACCCGUUACUGAGAGACUACUGGGUGUAUGAAGGAUCUCUGACAACUCCGCCCUGCAGUGAACAUGUGACCUGGAUUCUUUACCGCUACCCUCUCACCAUCUCACAGCUGCAGUGUUGCCAGUCCUCAGAACAAGACACGGCAAGAAUCUGUGCCAUGGUGACCAUCGAGAAAGGAUUGCCAAGGAGUGUACAGCUUGAAGAAGCAGGGAAGAAAGCAGAGGAUGCUGCGCAGUUUUGA